AUGGGUGCUUCGACGCUGCUUCUUGCUUUGGGUGCGGCUGCCACGGUGCUGGCUCAGGGUAACCAUGCCAUCGACUCCUUUGCAUAUCAAGGAUGCUCUUCUGUUGAUAUGUCAUGCUUUACACCGCCUGUGCUUCUAAGUGCCCAGCCUAUUACUCCGGAAAUGUGCCAGUGGGCUUGUCUAGGUCAUCAAUUCGCUGCUUUGUUCCCAGAGGAUUGUCGUUGCGGAGAUGACCCCAACGCCAUCAAGCCCCUUGAUGAGAGAGCUUGCAAUACUCCAUGCUUGGGAGAUCCAAACCAUGGCAUGUGCGGGAGCAUUUGCCCAGCUGAAGGUCCCGCAAUUGCCAAUGUCUACACGAAGACAGAAGCAGCUAGCCAGCAGCCUCAGAUUGAAACCAUACAUACAACUUCUAUCUUCGCUCUGCCAAUCACUUUAAUCAGUUCUGAGGAUUGCACCACAUCUGACCAGGGCCCGGUGACUGAACAACCAGCUGGAGGUCUCAUCACGCCGGUUGGAUCUGCGCCUGGAAUACCAACGACCGAACAACCAGCUGGAGGUAUCAUCACGCCUGUUGGAUCAGCGCCUGGAAUACCUACAACGUUCACUUUUGUGUUGUCCUCCAGUCCUGCGACCGUUACAACUCCGAGUGAAAUGCCUCCUGCCCCAGCUAGGCUCACUACCUCGUGUCCUGAUGAACAAAGCUCAGCAACUGAGGAACCAACUGUGGCACCACCCAUCACGACGUGUGACGAAGAUUCUUCCAUUCCUGCUCCCAGCUCUGGCGUACCGGUUCCGUAUGGAACAACGACUGUCUCUCUUCCAGUGUAUACAUCGGGUGCCGCUACGCCGGAGGCCACUACGUCGGAAGCCACUACGUCGGUGGGCACUACAUCAGAAGCCACUACAUCAGAGGCCACUACGUCAGAGGCAAAGCCCGCGACAUUGCCUGUUCCAUCUCCCCAGUCGUAUUCGGAUCCAUACAGCUCACAAAAGGAGCAGGAUCCUGAGGCCACAGCUGACAGCGUCCCAGGUCCAAGCCAGGACCAUCCAGACCGCCCUUCAAUAAGCACUCUCUGGUCUCGUCCUUCGGAUGUUGCCGACCCAACUGGACAGCCACCGGUUCCAGCCCAGGUACCAGGCUCAGAUUCCACCCACAGCAUGGUCCCGCCGCUGGCGACCAUUGGAGGAUUGGCUCUGAUUGCGGCAAUCAUCAUGUAA